AUGUUGAUAUAUGUACUAGUUUCAUUAACUGUAGCUUUCACAUCCGUGGCUAUUGACUGCCUGUCACGGGAGCUUCAGAAAUAUGAUUUGCAAAGCAUCAAGGGGACGCAUUCAUUCAUCACCACUGACAACACUCCGCCAACCAAAAGAGAAAUGACCUGGAAUAUAGGCAUUUGUGAUUCAGUUAGGGAUGUUCCAGGAUGUCCUGAAAACUCAGAGUUUUGCGUCAUUACAAAAGUAUUAAGCGAUAACGAAUCUCCCGUGAUAUCUGAAAUCAUUGCAUUUAGUUCAGACACAGAAAGGAUUUAUUCUCCUGAAAAUCAUCCACAUCAGGGAUUUCGUAUCCGAUAUGAACCAAUAGAGUGGGGGGACUCAAUAGUUAGUGCCACCUUAGAGUUUGUUUGUGAACCAGAUGUUAAUACAGGUGUAGAGCUUGUAUGGCAUUCAUCGAAUGAAAGGAAAUUGAAUAUAAGAAUGGUGACAAAAGCGGUUUGUUUAAAAAAUGAUCAGGAUAAGAACCCAAAGGAUGACGGCGAAUCAUGGGGUUGGUUUACAUGGAUUUUUAUCUUUUUGGUAUUAUUUUUGAGUAUCUAUAUUAUUGGCGGUGCCUGGUUUCAGUAUAACAAGGGAAAUGCUAUAGACUUUCAGAGUGCCUUAAAGGAAGUUAUUGAAAACUUUUUAGAGUUAUUGAGCAGUCUACCAAGCUUCAUAAGGGAAAUAAUUGAAAAGUUUACAAGAAGCGGUAAUAGAGGAGAAUAUAGUGCUGUAUAA